UGAACAUUAGGUUAUACGUGAAGGUAGUGACAUAACUCUUGUUGGCUGGGGAGCUCAGCUCACUACCAUGGAACAAGCUUGUGUCGAUGCUGAAAAGGAAGGAAUUUCAUGUGAACUUAAAGAUCUAAAAACCUUAUUACCUUGGGAUAAAGAGACAGUAGAAGCCUCAGUGAGGAAAACAGGAAGGCUGCUGAUUAGUCAUGAGGCUCCGGUUACAGGUGGAUUUGGUGCUGAGAUAUCUGCAUCGAUCGUUGAACGUUCUUUCUUGAGACUGGAAGCACCGGUGGUUAGAGUUUUAUCAGAUCCAGCGAUGCAGUUCCUAUGGGGAUUUUUUGCUCAAGUUCUUGAUGUUCCAUAA